AAAUGGAUAAAACCCCAACUGAAUCUUUGCCAUUUGAUAAACCGCAAUUCAUCCGGAAAAAAAAAUGCUCCGUUCAGAAAUUGUCAUCGCUCUCUUCUUUCCAUGCUAUUUCUUGGCUGUCGUCGCGGGAGAUCCACAACGUUACUAUUUCCCAGUCGGUUACCAGAGACACUACCUACAUCCAUCGCCAGUGUAUCCCAACUACAAUAAGCAGCAGAUUGAAUCGUCGUAUCAGCCGCUCGGAUACUUCCGCAGUGACUUACCUCUCCAAGAGGAAGUUCAACCAUUUGUCCACCGCAAUCCAGAUCCCCGUCUCUUCCUCAAAUUGUUCACGGUGAGCAACGGAGGAAGCGCGUUGAUCACACUAACCUAUUCAACAUCGACGACAACGAGAACCAAUACAAUCACCAGAUUCUGCACUACCUCAACCGCACCAUUAGUCACUUGCUCUCCGGCAGGACGUCGUCGUCGUGGAGUGGGUCGUCGUGGACUCUACCACAAUGAAGAUGAUGCGUCAGAGAACGUGCAAGACAUUGCCGCUUUACCAACUGUUUCGGAGCAACCUACUAUUGCAGCUACUUUCAACGAAGAUGGCGACAUUAAAGGAAAAACUCUGGGCGCAGACGCUUCUGCUUUCCUCGUUUCAUCCAUGUCCGCAAAUAACAACGGACGUCAGUUGAUUUCAUUCGGGGUGUCCACGUCAACAGUUACCGCCACUGCCACGUUUACUUCCGUUAUAAUUGCGGUUUGCGCAAGCACUAGCGGCUUCCCUACAUGCGCCUCUGGCUAAUUCAGGAUGUCAAUUUGCACCUGUCAACUACCGAGAUCCGUCCUCCUUCCUGUCUUCUUGAGGUUUCCUUUUUUGCCCCGCUAUCUGCUGCCGAACAUUGAAAAUCACAUAAACCAGACUUAUAAGAUAUGAAACGCUGUUAUUUAUGCAUGCAUUAUCAACUGGACUGACACGAAAAAAACUUAUGCUACAUUUAUUUCUGCAUUCCCAGUACAUUUAAAAUACAAGCAAUAGAUUAAAUGAA